AUGAUUGCUCAGUCACAAGUAGGAACUGGAAGAACUGCUGUCUUUGUGUUGGCUAUGCUAAGCAGAGUUCAUGUUACAAGGCCCUUUCCACAGGUAGUGUGUUUAUCACCAACAUAUAACCUGGCAUUACAAAGGGGCGAAGUUGCUAAAAGAAUGGGACACUUCUUGCCAGAGAUCAAAAUUGGUUAUGCAGUAAGAGGAGAAAGGGCAGUUCCAAGGGGCGAGAAAGUAACAGAUCACAUAAUAUUUGGAACACCUGGCACCCUCCUUGACUGGAUCCUAAAAUACAAAGUUCUGGAUCCAAAGAAUAUCAAGCUGUGUGUGUUAGAUCAAGCUGAUGAUUGCUCUACAGGGACACCAAGAUCAGUCAAUUAG